AUGCUUAUUGACGGCACAGAGGAUCGUAAACGAUUUGUGUUUAACGAAUGGGUUAGAGAUCCUAAAGGCCCCUAUCUCACAAAACCACCUCCACACGGCAAGCGAACGACAAAUGGAAUGAUAUGGGGCAACUCUUCAAAUGAUUUCUUCUGGAUCAGACGCCUACCUGGAGUGGACGUUAUGACCAUCUGGUCUCGCAGUAUGAUACGGCAGUUCGGUGAAAAUGUCUUGCAUGAAGAAGACGAUUUUGAGCCCGAUCCUCGUCAAUUACACCCAUAUCCAAGAUUAGGGCUCUUAGUAGACGAAUCGCAUGCUAUCUACGUCGGCAUGGUAGAUAUCGCGAAAUAUAUUGAGCGUAACGUCACCAACGAAAACAACAAGAUCGGACUAGAAAGCGAAAGCUCUGAUGUGAAGGGGGAGAAUAGUGCGCAGGGAGAUAACGGAGAUAUCAGCGCGUCAACCGCCAUGAAAGUCGAUGAUGAAGGAGACCAGACAUUGAAUGAUUCCAACGCGAAGAGCGAAGACGGUAUCAUUGAGACACAAGACGGGACAACAGUCGUUAUAUUUGCGUCACCCCAGAACGCCGAAGCACCCAUCGACAUAACGCUAACAGAGAGCACCGUGCCUCAUGAGCGCGAUCAAAGAGAGCUUCCUGAGGAACGGAUCCAAAACACUGUUGAUGUUUUGCAAGAUGCAUCGAUGGAUGUCGAGGAUUCUGAUACGAAUGAAAAUGAAAGGGUGGACGACAUACAAGCAAAGAUCCAUGCUGGCACUUAUGCUUCAGAAAAUGCACCGGGGAUUGUGGAGAGUUGCAAGGUAGAGAAGGAUGAAAGGGACAACAUCGGUAUAUGCGCAAGGUACCGCCCUAGCUCGUUGCCAAAGCUCGAAGAAAAAAUACCUAGUGAAUUCUUCCCGGACGUCCUCCUCGUUAAUGAUCCAGACGGGGUCACGUAUGGACGUGAAAGUCAACAUUGGAAGACCCAAAGAGAUGGUUUAUGUGAGAAACCGAAGUCUAAACCAAUUAGGUAUCAACGUCGUUAUCCCCGUCCCGAUAUGACUUCGACGGAGGACUCGGUAAAGUCGACCCCUCUCGUGGCCAAUCUCGACUUAUCAUCCGCGCCUCUCCUGGGGGUUGGGAAUCACUCUCGCGUACAUCGUGGAGCUCUACGGCCGCCACAUCCCCUAGUUGCCAAUACACCCACGGGUGAGCUAGCUGUAGCAGCGAAGGUAUCUUUCCCAUACAACUCUGCCCUCGAACUACUUCAGAACGAGGCGAGGAUUUACAACGCGUUCCCUGAGCAUUUGAUGGAGCACUGGUCAGGACUAAAUCUAGUCACUCCCCUCCAGAACCCCGUUCCAGUCGGUGCAGUCGUGCCAAGAUUCUACGGAUAUUACUAUCCUGUUGAUGAGAAUAAUAUCGAAGGUGAAGAUAGAGGAGCAGCCGACAGAAUGAAGUGUGCAUCGCGAAGGUGGGGGCGUAGCCCCAUCUUAUUACUGGAAGAAUGCGGUACGCCGAUUGAACCGCACGCAUUUGGACCGGAUGAUAGGUCUGAAUGUUUCUCCUUGUGCCUUCGUCUCCACUAUGCAGACUUCAUCCAGCGUUCUUUCUAUACGCGCAAUAUUUUAAAGCAACCUGGCCCACUAACAGAACCGCAGCAUUUACGCUCCUGGAGUACACCUGCGUUCCGUGUCAUCGAUUUUGGUCGGGGCGAGAGCUGGAAUUUAUAUCAGAAAGGAAAAACUCUGUCCGAAGCUUCAAACGAAUGGUGGGCAAUGAGAGAACACGAAAAGCGAAAAGCUGAACGUGAACUGGAGAUGACGCCUUUCGCAUACCAAUGA